CAGAUCUAGGCUUCGGUUUACCAGAGGAAAUAAUGAGCACAGCGACCACGUCGAUCCCAUCGACCAGAACUGAUCCAAUCCCUAUAGCUAAAAAAAGAUAUUGCGGCUUAUUUAGCAACAAGUCCUGUGUUAAGCGAUCUGAUUGCUCAACGACUGUGCGGAGUGGUUCAAAACUAACUGUAGAUCUAAGAGUAAAGUCGACAAAUGGUUGUCAUUACCUUGAGGUUUGCUGUCAUCCCGAUGAUAUGCUUUCUCCAAUGAACGGGACGAUUCCUUUAGGGUUCAAGCAAUGCGGCAUUGGCAAUGCUGGUGGCAUUUUCAUGAAUCUAUUAGGAGGUCGUCUGGAGACGAGCCUUGCCGAAUACCCUUACAUGGUGGCCAUUCUCGACACCGGUCAGAGAUUUUUAUGCAAUGGUGUGUUGAUUGGCUACAAAGUGGUCCUCACAACAGCCACUUGUUUAGCGCCCGAGCAAUCACUUGUCGUAAGGGCUGGGGAUUGGGAUCUGGCAAGUGAUCGCGAGUUCGUGCCUCACGUGGAUCUCAAUGUCCAAUAUCGAAUUGUUCAUCAGCAAUUUAAUUGGGACUCGACAAAGCACAACAUUGCCCUAUUGAUCCUUACAGAGGAGUUUCCCCGAGUUCAGCAUAUAAUACCCAUUUGCCUGGACCACAAGGGAGUGGAUCUGGAAUACGAGAGUUGCUUUGUCACCGGUUGGAAUUACAGAUUGAUGAACAGAUUACGACCGACUCGCAAUAUUGUCCUAAGGUUGGAUAUGGAUGUCGAGGAAAACAUGUUUUCAAACACCUCCACCAGUCCAGUGUUAAGUGCUGUUCCCCGAGCUGAGCAGCCCAUGUAUGCCAAAGGGGCUCCUCUAGUUUGUCCCACCGAGAGCAGCAGGUACUAUGUGGUUGGCGCCUGGAGCACCAGCCUUAAUGGAGCUAUUCAGUUCACCGAUAUAAGAAAGUUCAAGGAAUGGAUUUAUCAGGAGGUACUGCCGUACAAUAUUGUAAUUUAAAUAACAUAUAAACAAUAUAAACGUUAAA